AUGAGUGCAUUGAAUCCAUUGUUUGUUACAAUUACAUGGGGUGCUGGUGGUUCAACUGCUGAAAAAACAUUAUCUUUGGUUCAAACUUGUCAAAAAGAAUUAGAUUUCACCACAUGUAUGCAUUUAACCUGUACAAAUACCGAUAAAUCAAUCAUUGAUAAUGCAUUAGCUAAAGCCAAAGAAGCAGGGAUUAGAAACAUCUUAGCAUUAAGAGGUGAUCCUCCAAGAGGUGAAGAAUAUUUUGUGCCAAAUGCUGCUGAUUUCCAAUAUGCUGUUGAUUUGGUUAAAUAUAUAAAACAACAAUAUGGUGAUUAUUUCAGUAUUGGUGUUGCUGCAUACCCUGAAGGACAUUGUGAAGGUGCUGAUAAUUCAGAACAAGAAGUACUAAAAGAUUUACCAUAUUUAAAGGAAAAAAUCGAUGCUGGAGCAGAUUUUGUAAUCACUCAAUUAUUUUAUGAUGUUGAAAAAUUCUUACAUUUUGAAAAUUUAGUUAGAGAACAAAUCAGUCAAGAUAUUCCAAUUUUACCUGGGUUAAUGCCAAUAAAUACUUAUCAAUUAUUCAAUAGAGCAGCAAAAUUAUCUCAUGCUUCAAUUCCAUCAGAAAUUUUAGGUAGAUUCCCAGAAAAUAUUCAAAAUGAUGAUGAUAAAGUUAAAUCAAUUGGUGUUGAAAUAAUGCGUGAUAUGAUUCAUUCAAUAUAUUCAAGAACAAAUGGUAGAAUCAAAGGUUUCCAUUUCUAUACCUUAAAUUUAGAAAAAUCAAUUGCACAAAUUGUGGAAAAAUCAAGUUUAUUAAAUAGAGUUUUAGAAAAUGAUGAUCAAAAUGAUGAAGAUGCUAUAAUGAGUGAUGAUGAUGAAAAUCAACCAAUUGCACCACAACAUAAAAUCAUUGGUCAUAAGGAUAAAUCGAGAAGAAGUUCAAGUGUAAACACUUCAAAUAAAGUUCUUGUUGAUAGAAUUAGAAAAGAUUCACAAGAUUUUGAAGAUGUUAAUAAAUAUAAAUUCAUUACUCCAAGUAAAAAGGAUAUUGUGGCAAUAUCAUCAGGUGAAGGUACUUUGGGUCGUGAUGCUACUUGGGAUGAUUUCCCAAAUGGUAGAUUUGGUGAUUCAAGAUCUCCUGCUUAUGGUGAAAUUGAUGGUUAUGGUCCAUCUUUGAAAAUUGCUACUAAAAAGGCAUAUGAAUUAUGGGGGUAUCCAGUUGAUACUAGUGAUGUUUCUAAAGUUUUCAUAAAUUAUUUAGAAGGUAAAAUUGAUGCUUUACCAUGGUCUGAAUUAGGAUUAAGUCCUGAAACUGCAAUGAUUCAAGAAGAAUUAAUUCAAUUAAAUGAACGUGGAUUUUUCUCAUUAGCUUCACAACCUGCAACUGAUGGUGCUAAAAGUGAAGAUAAAAUCUUUGGAUGGGGUCCAAAAGGUGGUUAUGUUUAUCAAAAAGCAUUUGUGGAAUUAUUUGUUAGUAGAGAAGAUUGGGAAUUUAAAUUAAAACCAAAAAUUUCACAAAAUUCAAAAAUUACGUAUUAUAUUGGUGAUUCUAAAGGUGGAUUUGAAAGUUCUUUACCAGGAAAAUCUUCAAAUGCAGUUACAUGGGGUGUUUUCCCAGAUCGUGAAAUUUUACAAACUACAAUUAUUGAAGAAGAAUCUUUCAAAGCUUGGAGAGAUGAAGCUUUCAGUAUUUGGUUAGAAUGGGCUAAAUUAUAUAAAAAAUCAACACCAACUUCAAAAUUAUUGAAUCAUAUUCAUGAUAAUUAUAUUUUGGUUUCAAUUGUUUCUCAUGAUUAUCGUAACGAAACUGGAUUAUGGGAAUUGAUUUUAAAUUAG